ACACCAAUGGCUCGCUUUACAUGUCUCACCAAAUACUGGGCCCUCGCUCUCCUGCUGCACCUCCGCGGGCUCCAGGGGGCCCUCAUGCCCACUUCCACCCAAAAUUACCUCAUUAUUACCGAUGUGAGGGCUCCCGAACCAUUACAAUCCACCAAUGACACGGCCAGUGCGGAUGUGUGGAAUGAGAACCCCUCGUCAGUACACACUGACGAAACGAAAUCGGUCAACACUGACGAUUUCCUCGAUAAUGUGCUUCAACCCGUCGUCAGUACAGGUGUUACAGGCCAUAGGCCUCAACGUAGCGAUAGCGAAGCCUCGGAAAUCACUCAACUGGUCGUUGAUGCUGAUGCCAAGCCAAACGACUCGCCCACCCUCACGGACGACGUCGAUGAUUGGCUGCUAAACUACGAAGAGUGUUCCACGAGCCACUCACUUGAAGGCGCGAACCCCGCCGAGGACACCGCCGAACUGACGGAGGUCUACGGCAGCAUACUGGAACACGGCGUCGGGCACCACCGGGAGUCUGACCCCGAGGACCUGCGCAUGAGAAUGUAUGCGGUGAAGAACAGCGCGCUCAGACCCGUGGCUGUGAGCGGCCACAGGCACGCUCCGAGGCACGGCCAACUAGUGAGAGAGACUCUUGGACCAGUGGUGAAUAAAACUCUUGGACCAGUGGCGAAUGAAUCUCUUGGUCCAGUGGUGAAUGAGACUCUUGGACCAGUGGUGAAUGAGACUCUUGGACCAGUAGCGAAUGAGACUCUUGGACCAGUGGCGCAUGAGACUCUUGGACCAGUGGCGAAUGAGACUCUUGGACCAGUAGCGAAUGAGACUCUUGGACCAGUAGCGAAUGAGACUCUUGGACCAGUAGCGAAUGAGACUCUUGGACCAGUGGCGAAUGAGACUCUUGGACCAGUGGCGAAUGAGACUCUUGGACCAGUAGCGAAUGAGACUCUUGGACCAGUAGCGAAUGAGACUCUUGGACCAGUAGCGAAUGAGACUCUUGGACCAGUAGCGAAUGAGACUCUUGGACCAGUGGUGCCAGAACGAAAAUACAACGAAGCAGUCAAGAUCUUCUCAUCGGAGGCUACAGGAAGCACUGACGCCAACAGGACGACGGAGACUUCAGGAAGCACUGACGCCAACAGGACGACGGAGACUUCAGGAAGCACUGACGCCAACAGGGCGAUGAAGGAGACUUCAGGAAGCACUGACGCCAACAGGGCGAUGAAGGAGACUUCAGGAAGCACUGACGCCAACAGGGCGAUGAAGGAGACUUCAGGAAGCACUGACGCCAACAGGACGAUGAAGGAGACUUCAGGAAGCACUGACGCCAACAGGACGACGAUGGCUUCAGGAAGCACUGACGCCAACAGGACGAUGAAGGAGACUAAGGGGAAGGUGGUGGUGUCGCAGGCGCCCGCGAGAGGUGGUGCAGGAGGCGACGUGCUGCCCUCGCUGACAGCCAACGAAGGUCAGGUCACUUUACUCAAGACGGAGGUCACAGUGCAGGAAGGUGCCAGGGUGCGGCUGGUGUGCAACGUUACCGGGGUACAGAACUACUGGGUGGAGUGGCGACGGGCGGCCGAGCUCACCUUCCCUGACGGCUCGGUGGUGGUGGGGGGACGGUCCGUCCUGCUGGGGUACGUGUCGAGGGAGGACGCUGGCACCUACGUCUGCACAGCCCACGCCUCCAACGGACGGUCGCACUCUACCGACCUCACCCUCCAUGUCCACUACCUGCCGGUGAUGGGCGUGUGGGCGCGAGAUGUGGGCGAGGCCGGGGUGGAGCUCGGGUGUGUGGUGGAGGGUCGCCCCAGACCAGCCAUAGCCUGGUACAGAAACAACACACGCCUCUCCCCUGCCGGGUGCCACGGGAAGGUGGAGGUGCGGUCGCUGGUGUUGUCCCCGGGCUUCCUGCUCUCUGUGGUCCGCAUAAGCAACAUCAGCUCCUCAGACUUCGCCUACUACCACUGCCGCGCCACCAACGGUGUGGGCGUCACCCGAGCCUACGUCCUGCUGCACCACUAUUCUGGGUUGAUGGACAUAGCUGAACUGAAGCCAGAAGAGAUACCAACGUACAGAAUAGCAGUUGAAAAUCCUCGCUUGGCGUCCUUCCUGGUGGGCAUGGUCCCCCCCAUGUAUAUUGCCCUCUACAUCAUUGCCUACCUCGGCUGCUACAAGACUUCUAUGACAGACAGCACCGCCCAAGGACGGUUCGGUGUUAACUUGGACAUCGAAUAAUUGACGAGAUUCUAAUGUUUUCUUCGGUUCACCACCUUAGUGCCAAUCUUUAGGGCAAGAUUGUUGUGUUGUCUUUUAGGGCAAGAUCUCAAGAUAACCUCUCAAGAUAUCUGUAGUGCCGAGUGUUGUGUUAGUAUAUGGCCCACAGUGUGGGUGGCUUCGUGCCCUUCACGACCCUGGUUGCCUUAGUCUGGUCUCCUCCUUCACCUCCACUACCUAUGCCAACACUAUUACUAUUAUUUUCAUAAUGCUUAUCUUAUUUUGGGUGAACAAUAGUUCUAGCAUAUCAAUGGAUCGUCUCCUUGUGCUUCUUGUUGGCUAAGUAAUAUACUGCCUCAAAUUUUUUUUCAGUUUUGUUCAUUAUCUUUGUCUUCACAUUUCAUCCACACUGUACAGUCCUUUUUUGCCAAUUAUAUUUCCCUGUGAUUAAAAUCUCCAAUUAUUAUGGAUUAUCCCUCACUUCCCUUGCCACUGUAGCCUCCUGUGGAACAGGACCAAUGUAACCACAUAAAUUAAUAUUCGCUGAUCUAUUAUAUGCGAAAUAGGCACGUAUGAAAUAAGAAAUAUUUUCUGGAGCGUUUUCGACCCUACUUAGGUCAACAGCUAUUAACAAUGACGGUCUCAACCUCAACAAGCCUCAAUGUAGGAUAAAAAAAGGAGAGGCUAUUUCACCCGUAGAGUUAUAUCCCUUGGAACUGCCUACUCGCCAAAGCCGUACAUGCCAAAUCAUUGCUGAAUUUCAAAAUCCAGCUUGAUAAAAUGAUCAGGACAAAUAAGGGGAUCUUUGACACGCCACUGGCUUCCUGACCUCAUCCAAUAAACUAAGAUAAUGGCCCUCACAUAAAUUCAGGUAGAUAUAUGUUUAUUAUGGGCUAAAUAUGAUAGGUUGAAUUAUUUUGAAAUUUGUGCAUACAUCAGUGAUAAUGUUUUAAUUAGAUCGAAAAAUUGUUUUGAAUUUUGUGUUCGGGAACAUUUUCAUGGUCAUGCCAGUCUGAAAGUCGCCAGGAGGGUCCCAGGGGUCCCUGUGGCACCAUGGCAUAUAUAUGUACUCAUUUAAUUAGUACUGAUCUUGACCUAGCCAUGUUGGGCUGGUAUUGAACCCCAAGUACUGGGGGAAAAUUGAUGGGGCAGGGUGUAUAAAGAGUGGGAUGAAGCGUGUAUAGCUGAGCAGUGGACAGAUGUUUAUAUACUUUGGAAAAACUGGAUGGUACCUGGAACAAAUCACAUUUGUUUAUCCAAUCUUCUUUGUGAUUAUACAAUAAUCAAAAACAUUUCUGUUCAAACAUUUUGAUACCAAAAUUAAUGUUCUAACUCUGGAAACAUCUUCACAAACAACAAAUAAGUAUAACUAUUGAUCAUGUACCUGAGGGAGGAGGUGCAGGGAUGGUUCACAUUAUACAAGGAUCUGGCCAACAUUCCCGGGUGUAAUGACACUCCACCACUUGACCUGUAUGGUACUUAAAAUAAAAAUGGUUAAUAAUA